AUGCAGGAAGACACAUUGAAGAACCACAGGAACUGGAAGAAGACUAACCUCAAUUGUUGUUGUUUUUUCCCGUUCCAGGCCUAUAUCAAGAUCUACCAAGGAGAAGAGCUGCCUCAUCCGAAGUCCAUGCUGCAGGCCACAGCAGAAGCAAAUAACUUGGCUGCUGUUGCCACCUCCAAGGACACUUACAACCGGCGAAUGGAAGAGGUGUGUGGAGGCGAUAGGCCCUUCCUUGCCCCCAGCGACCUCCAGAGCAAACACUUGGAGCUGAAAGAGGAGGCGGUGCGGCAGUUCCGGAGCGUGAAGAAGAUGGGGGGCGAGGAGUUCAGCCGCCGAUACCUCCAGCAGCUGGAGAACGAGAUUGACGAGGUCUAUGUCCAGUACAUCAAGCACAACGACAGCAAGAACAUCUUCCACGCCGCCCGCACGCCGGCCACCCUCUUUGUGGUCAUCUUCAUCACCUACGUGACGGCCGGCGUCACCGGCUUCAUUGGAUUGGACAUCAUAGCCAGUCUGUGCAACAUGAUCAUGGGGCUGACCUUGAUCACCCUCUGCACGUGGGCAUACAUUAGGUAUUCGGGGGAGUACAGAGAGCUCGGGGCCGUCAUAGACCAGGUGGCUGCUGCGCUGUGGGACCAGGGGAACACCAAUGAGGCUUUGUACAAACUUUUGCGCAGCCAGCGACACACAGACAUUUGUACCACCACGCUCUCGGGCUGGGCGCAGAAGGCGGAGGCUGCCGAAGGCACGGAAAAGAAGACCAUGUAA